AUGUUCCCGGCCCGCGAGGCGGCGGCGGCCCCGGCGAGCCCGGAGGCGGCCCGGUCGGCGGCCGAGCCGAGCGACGCGGAGCUGGGCGGCUGCAGCAAGGAGGAGCUGGUGCGGCGGCUGCGCCACGAGGAGGCCGAGAAGCUGGCGGCGCUGGUGCAGCGCGGCCGCCUCAUCCAGGGCGUCAACCGGCAGCUGCAGGAGCACCUGCGCGAGAUCCGCGAGCUGAAGGCCGUCAACGGGCGGCUGCAGGCCGAGAACCGCGAGCUGCGCGACCUGUGCUGCUUCCUCGACGAGGACCGCCUGAAGGCCAAGCGCCUGGCGCGCCACUGGCAGCUCUUCGGCCACCACGCGGCGCAGGUGCUGCGCGACGAGGUGGCCGCCUGCCUGCGCCAGCUGGCCGGCCUGGAGGGCCUGCAGGAGCGCCUGGCCCAGGACAACCUGCAGCUCAAGGAGCUCUGCCUGGCCCUCGAGGACGAGUGCGCCGCCGCCGCCGCCGCCCGCCCCGACGCCAGCCCCAGCCCCGGCGCCUGCUCCUCCGCCGAGCUCAGCCUGCCCUGCGGGCCCCGCGACCUGGGCGACGGCAGCUCCAGCACCGGCAGCGUCGGCAGCCCCGACCAGCUGCACUCCGCCUGCUCCCCCGACGACUAG